CUCAUUCGCUCCCGCUGCCACUGUGGCAAGAAGGAGGACGUUUGCCGCUGCGGGCAGCAUGAAUUUUCCUGCGCUGCCCGCUGCGGCAGCCGCCUCGCCUGCGGCAUCCACUCCUGCGACGCCACGUGUCAUCCGGGCAGCUGCCCGCCCUGCGACAGGGAGGGAACCUUUUCUUGCCGGUGCGGGCAGCGUGGCAGGCCCCAACAAGCUCCUCUCCCACAAUGGGAACCUGUGCUCCCCACUCUCUCUUCUCCCAACAGCUCCCCUGCCAUCAGGAGUAUCUCUGCCCUGCCAUCAGGAGUAUCUCUGCCCUGCCAUCAGGAGUAUCUGUGCGAUCGCCGCUGCCAGCGUGGCAGGCCGUGCGGGCGCCACCUGUGCAAGCGGCGCUGCUGUGCGGGAGACUGCCCUCCCUGCCCCGAGGUCUGUGGUCGCAAGUUACGGUGUGGUAACCACAAAUGCCCCGCUCCUUGCCACAGCGGCCCCUGUGCUCCCUGCCCGGUCACUGUCCGCAUAGCCUGCUUCUGUGGCACCACUGCUUUUUCCGUACCCUGUGGAGCGGAGAAGCAACAGCGCCCACCCAGAUGCCACAUGCGCUGCCCCGUGCCCCCCACAUGCCACCACGGGGAUUCCUGUCGGCCGCAUCGCUGUCACUACGGGGCGUGCCCUCCUUGCAGCCUCCCUUGCAGCGAGCCCUUUGACUGCGGCCACUCUUGCCCGCUCAGGUGUCACGGUCCCCGCCCGCCUCCCAACCCACCUUUCUCCCUUGAACCACCCAAGAAGAAGAAGAAAGGGAAGAAGGAGGGCGAGGAGGAGGAGGGGCAGGGAAAGCAUGGGUCGCCGUGCCCGCCGUGUGUGGUGCCAGUGGUGCGAGAAUGCAGAGGACGACACCAGGGGCAGGAGUGCGAGCUUCCCUGCUCUCAUGACCCUGCCUUCUCAUGCGAGCUACCCUGCGGUAACCCUCUUGCAUGCGGUAACCACGCAUGCCAGCUGGCGUGCCACGUCAUCACCCGCCCGCGAACCGCAGACGGGCAGAGAGUGCUGGUGGCAGGCGAGGGAGAUGAGGGAGGAGAGGAGGAGGAGGAGGAGGGAGGAGUGAGGGAGGUGGAAGAGGGGGGAGAGGAGGGGAGGAAUUUGCUUCGUGACACUUGCUACCCUUGCAAGCGAGCAUGCCAGAAGGUUGGUUCUCUUUGCUGCAAGCUUCGUGAGGGAGGGGAGGGAGGAAUGAGUUUUUUCGCGUGA